CCUCUCGGCGCCGCUCGCCCGCCGAGCGUAGCCGCCCCGGCGGGGAGGGCCCGACGUGCCGCACCAUGGGCAGCCAGGGCUCCAAGACGGCCAAAGCGGAGGCCAACGCCGCCGGCACCGAGCCCGACAAAGCCAACGGGCAGGAGAACGGCCAUUUGUGGUUCAACGGGGACAUGACACCCAAGGUGAGGGGCGAAGUGCCCCCCCCAAACGGGAACGGUUCGGCUGAACCCCUCCAGGAGGAGAACAAGGAUGAGGUGGGCGGGGAGGAUGCCAUCGAGCCCGCACCCCCCGCCGAAGGGGGGGAUGAUAAACCCGAAGGUGCAGCGGUCCCCAAGGACACCCCCAAGAAGAAGAAAAAGUUCUCAUUCAAGAAAUCCUUCAAGCUGAGCGGGAUCUCGUUUAGGAAGAACAAGAAAGAAGCUGGGGACUCCUCUGGGUCCUCUCCCGUGGAGGACCAAGGCAAGGGGGAGGCCAAGGGAGAGGAGACCCCCACUUGCUCAGCCAGCGGGACGGAGCCCUCAGCUCCCCCCGAGGAGGGGACAGCAGAGGAGCAGAGCAGCCCCACCGAGAGCAGCCGGGCUGGGGAGGGGCAGCAGGGAGCUGAGCCCAAGGGGGAGGAUGCUGAAGCAGGGGGAAGCAAGGAGGAAGAAAAACAACAACCGAGGGAAAACCACGGGGAUACAGCCAAACCAGAGGAGCCCUCAAAACCUGUGGGGACGGAGCCUACAGCAGCUCCGGUAGUGGUGGAGCAGAAGGAAGAGUAGAGCCCACCUGGCAUUGUCCUCACCUGAGACUCUUGUGCCAUCCUCUCCAUCCUGGUCACACCACGGACUCACUGCCUUGCCCACACACUGACAACACUUUCUAAAGCCAACACACACACACACACAGAGCCCCCUCCCUCGAGUUAUUUCUUCCCCUCCCCUGUUAGAAAGCUGGUUUGGAUUCCCACCACCACAACUUGGAGUAGUUUUUAACCCAAAGCUGAGGCGUGGAGGAAGACUAUCCUGGACAUAACUGGAAUUUACAGUUUGUAAGAACCCAGCUGUUCCAGCCUGCUCUGGUAUCUCUGCUGGCUGACUGUCCCUUCUCCCCCCAGCAAGCCAGUGACUGUUCAAGGGAUUCUUUUUUUUUUUUUUUUUUCUCAGUUUACAUUCCUGGUUCUGACUUCCAUUUAAAGUCUUUUGUGCUUUUUAUAGAAAUCAAUGGUUUAAAAGCUAAUCUGGUUAGGGUUUUUUUUUGGUUGGGUUGUUUUUUUUUUUAAUCAUGUCUUACUAUUGGCUUAAAACCAUAAAGCUUGUAAGUCUGCUGUGUUUGAUUCUGCUUCUAAGGGAUAACUUUUAGGGUGCGGGGUGGAGGGAGGGAGCCUGCCAGCUGUAAAAUGUGAAGCAACAUUGUUUUCUCUGUAAAUAAUUUUUUAAUGGCCAAAACACUUGAUUUGCAAUUUUCUAACUUCUAAGGAAAAAAAAAAAAGAAAAAGAAAAAGAAAAAAGAGAGCUGUAUGGGCUUUAUUGUAACAUUUGAAAGGAAUAAAUGGUGACCCCUUCA